AGAAAAUUUAAUUACGACAAAAAUUCGUGAACCUCAGAAAAAUAAAAUGAGACGUCGACGCGCUGACGUCAUCUGUGCCGUCUCCACCAGGAAGUGACGUGUGGCUGCGUCAGACUGUUGAUGUUGUUGACUGGUCGACCGGAGACGGGAAGAAGGAGACGCGUUUUGUUUUUGUUCAAAAACCGUCGAAAAGGAUCCGCGCCGCCGCCUCAGUGUCCAGAUCCGGUUCGUUAAGAGUCUUAUCUCGGUGAUUAGCGCGUCGGGAGCGGGCCGGAGGGCGAACACACCCCGACAUUUGAUCCAGAAAGGGAGGACUCGUCACCCUCUGACCCCCUCCCUGCCUCCCUCACACAGUCACCACCAUGACGAUUCUCCCCAAGAAGAAGCCCAGCUCCGGGGUCGGGGUUUCGGACCACGCCGAUGACAGCGACCGUCGCAGCGGCACCGACCCGCACCAGCACCCUCAUCCGCACGCGGGACGGACCGGAGCUCGGCCGAGGGCUUCGCCUCCGCCGUGGUCCUACCAGCCCGCUCCGCCCUCCGCCAGGGACGACAGGCGGAGCAUCGAAGCUAGCUCCCGUCCGCAGCAGGCCUCUCCGCCGCCCGUCGGCUCCGUGUCCCCCGUGGGGCCGGGAGACGGUCGGGACAGCAGCGGUGGGAUGGUCGCCGGGUCCCGGGGGGAGCUCGUCGUAUCGGGCGGCGUCGUCGGAUGCGGCGGAGGCAUCGGCAGCUGCUGCUCCGGGCCCGGACUGAGCAAGAGACGGCGGCAGGCAGGCACCUGCUCUGGCGGGGUGGUGGCGGCUCUGGCCGGCGGGGGCCAGCCCGGUGUAGCUGGACCGGGAGGAGUGGGGUCCAGCCAGGACACGGAGGAAGGAGCCGGGAACAACAGCGAAGACGAGUACGAGAACGCCGCCCGGCUGCAGUCUAUGGACCCGGCUACCGUGGAGCAGCAGGAGCACUGGUUUGAAAAAGCUCUGAGGGAGAAGAAGGGCUUUGUCAUCAAGAAGAUGAAGGAGGACGGAGCGUGUCUGUUCAGAGCCGUGG